CCAACCCUUCUCCAGAGCCCCGCCACCAUCCCGACUGUACCACAGCGCGCCGCACCAUAGCAGCCCAGCGCUCAACAUGAAGAGCAACCUAAGAACCAACUCACCUAGUAGGCAGCCCAGAUUGACUUCGCUUGGGGGCUCGUUGACGAAUAUGAGUCGCCACUCAGAUGACAAGUCCUCCGGAAACGCUCAAACAGUCAGUACGGAAUCGAUCGAUACACGGGGUCGGGCGACAACAGUUGCAGCUUUACACAAAAAACUGCACGAACAACACCCUGCAGCCGAUUCAAGUGAUGGCAACGACGCUGGCACGAUAGCUUCCGCGAGCGAGAGUGCAGUGGAAGCGAUGACGGAAGCAGCGCUACUGGCUCUGGCAGCCACCCGCGAAGGCUAUCUGUUCGCCAGGGGCUUGAAAAAGGGCAGUAAAUCCUGGGCAAAGUACUUCGUAUUCAUCAAAGAUGGGCAAGUUAUGUUCCAACAAAAAGGCGGCCAAGCGGUGGUGGGAGCCAAGCUGCAGCUGUGCACGGUAAAGAGCUUUGUGACUGGUGUGGAUCGCCAGUUUGUGUUCGAGUUGGUUACGCCGUCGAAAAAUAUACUGUUGCAGAUACCAGAGGAUUUGGCCUAUCUGGGAUCUGGCUUACAAUCCAAGACCACUCUCAUGGUGAAGAAAGACAACAAUUAG